UAUUUAAAUGCAUUAAAUCAAUCUAACUUAAGAAUUAUAUUGCAGAGAAACAGUUUACUUUCACUAUGCAUAUCACAAGAUUAUGUACAAAAAGUCGUCUUUUAUUGCAGUGUGCAAAUAGAGCAACAAGUGAUGUUAACAUUAAAAAAUCAUUUCUGCACAAUCAUCGUUUAGGUUAUGGAAGUAGGCUAAAGUUCAAACUAACGUACCUGGGUUUUGGACUUUUAGGCAGUACAAUUGCUUACGAUGGCAUUAUCAAUGAAUUUACUUACUGUGGUGCUACUUUUAGAUUUAUACGUUCACUGAAAACUGCUUCUUUGAUUGCAGUUGAUUAUAUAUUACUGGAAAGGCAUGAAAAUGAUAAAGAUUAUGACAACCAGUUAAGUGCGGUGCAUCAGAGAAGUGCUAAUCGCUUAUUAGAAACAUGUUUGAAAAAUGGUGGCCUAUAUAUUAAAGUUGGGCAAGGUUUUGCUGCUAUUAAUCACAUACUCCCUAAGGAAUAUACAAGCACACUUGCAAAAUUACAAGAUGAGUGUUUGCCAACUUCACGUAAUGAUGUACAAAAACUAUUUCAUGAAGAAUUUGGACAAUUGCCAGAGAAAAUAUUUGCCGAAUUCGACUAUAAACCAGUAGCAGCCGCUAGUUUAGCACAAGUGUUUCGUGGUAAACUCUUGAAUGGUGAUGAAGUAGCUAUAAAAGUUCAAUAUAGUGAUUUACGCAAACGUUUUACUAGUGAUCUGGGUACUAUAAUGUUUUUACAAGAUAUUAUCGAAUUAUUUUUCAAAAACUAUAACUUUGGUUGGAUAUUGCGUGACGUACGUAAGAAUUUAAUACAAGAGUUGAACUUCGUGAAUGAGGGCAAAAACUCAGAAAAAUGCGCAAAGGAUUUUGAAAAUUUUAAAUAUGUUUACAUACCGAAGGUUUAUUGGAAAUAUACUACAACCCGCGUUUUAACUUUAGAGUGGAUGAAUGGAUUUAAAAUUAGUGAUAUGGAGCAAAUACGGCGUAAUAAGAUGGAUUUACGUGAUAUUGAUAUGAAGUUAUUUAAAAUGUUUGCUGAGCAAAUAUUUAAAACUGGAUUCGUACAUGCAGACCCCCAUCCAGGAAAUAUUUUUAUACGAAAAAACCCAAAUAAUGGCAAAGCAGAACUUAUAUUACUUGAUCAUGGCCUUUAUGAAAUAUUACCGGAAGAAGUACGUUUGCCGCUCUGCGAGUUUUGGGAAGCUACUGUAUUACGUAACGACAAAAAAAUGGAAGAAUGUGCAAAAAAAAUGAACAUAAAGGACUAUAUGAAGUUCGCAGAAGUUUUAUUUCAACAGCCUAUUAGUAUGAAUAAUGGGCAUAUAAAAACGAAAUUAACACAAGCAGAUAUAGAAUAUAUUCAGGAAAUUGCGAAAAAGAAUUUCGAUUUAAUAAUGAACACAUUAAAGGAAAUGCCACGUAAUAUGAUUUUUGUAGUAAGAAAUUUAAACACUGUAAGAGCAAUUGGAAGGCACCAUGGUGAUGUAGUUGAUCGACCUAGCGUUAUGGCAAAACAUGCUCAAAAAUGUGUGAAUAAAAACUUCAAUUCAUUUACUGGACGUUUACAAUGGUUUUACCGGCGGUGUAUAUUUGAAUAUUGCUUGUGGCGAAAUGCUUUCAAAAUAAGAUGUUUAAAUUUGUACUUUUUAAUUCUGUACAAAUUGGGACGAGCCCCUAAAGAAGCUACAACAUUACUGCAGACAUUUCCAUUUGAAGAACAAAGUUGACGUCUUUUGUAAAAACUUUUGAUAUUUAGUUAGAUAUAUCAAAUAAAUAUAUAUUUUCAUAUUUAA